AUUAAAGACAAACCACAGACUGCAAGUAAUAGAAAAAUUUAGAGUCCUUAAACAUCAAAAUCAAACUUCCAUGAAAACUCAAACACAAAAAACAACCAUGACUUCUUCAUUCCUAGUCUCUAAAAUCAUCUCCUCUUUCUCAAAAGUUCUAUCAACUCAAACCCACAAAUACAAAUUUCUUCAAAUCCUCCUUCAAAUUCUUUGCAUAGCUCUGUAUUGGAUUGUUUUCAUCAUUAGGCUUCUUCCUACGCUGUACCCGAACCCGAAAACACCAUCAAGACACUUUGAUAGUUUCUCUGGUAAAAGAGAGAAAGAUAUCCAUCAAGAAACCACUGUUAAUGGAGAUUCAACUAGUGUUUGUAGAGCACUUACACAAAUUCUUUCAAUUAUUAAUGAAAUUCCAGUUAGUUCUCGGAAAUAUGAACUUCUUCGUUCACUAGCAGAGAAAUUGAUCGAGGAUAAUCUCAAAGUAGGGUCUGGUGUUCUUAGAGAUAUCAAUUGUACAGUUCUUUCUUCUGCUUUUGCAAAGACUCUUCAGCAGCUUGAAUCUGCUGUGUUGGAGGAAGUCAAGGAGACCACUUUGAUAGAAUCGUCUGAACAUCGAUUGGGCCGGAUUCUGCAUACAAUUUGGUCAUAUAGCGAACGAGCAUGGGCAUGGCUUGGUGAAAAGGCAGGUGUUCCUAAACCGGAUGCUUGGACUGCUGAGAAGUUUGCAGCUGAGCUGCUUUGGUUGGCUAGGAAGAUGUCAACUUGUGGAAAUGUAGAUGUUGCUGUAUCAAGCUGGGGGUCAGCUUCUAGGUUGGCUUGGCUCUCGAUUUCGGCUGAGCCACGAGUUCAAGGUUCUCUCGUCAAAAUUUCAGCGUUUUUGUUAAAGGAGGCGAGAAAAAUGGGACAAACAGAUGAAAUGGAACAGUAUCAAAACAAUGACAAUGAAGACGUAACGAAGAUGAUAAGGAAGCAAGAUGAACAAAGUGAGAAGAAGAUGAAGUUGUUGAUGUCAUGGUUGCCAUUCCUAUGCAGGGCAAGCAAAGGAAUUGAUGCACCAGUCUUAAGCACCAGCGACAGAGUGGAAGUAGAGAAAGCUAUUGAAGACUUGAUAAGUACAUUCAGGAAAGACCAACAAGAGAAAGUUUUAGCACUUUGGCUUCAUCACUUUACUUCUUGUCCUCUCUCAGACUGGCCAAAUCUUCAGCCCUGCUAUAAUAGUUGGCUGGAUGCAUCACGAAAGCAAAUUGGCUAUUUGAUUUAACUGCUGGCUGGUCAUAUCCCACAAGAAGUAGAUCUUGCAGAAUACAUGUACUUUUAUUACUUCCGAAGUAUGCAUAUGCAUCAGUGAUUCAUGUACAGAUUUCAGUUUAUAUUGCAGGAACGGGAAACCUAAAAAGAAAUGUUUGCCA